AUGACCUCCAAAGCUGAUCGAAUUGAGGUAAAGCAGCAGCAGCAUGCGGCGGAUGAACACGAACUGGACCUGUUUCUCAAUACACCACAACGCUCUGCUGAAUUUCCAGCAUCUACUGAUGCGGACACGCGCUUAAUCGCUGGCCCGCUGAAGGCUGCAAAACUGAAUAACGAAGAUUCACCUCGCGGAAGUACCGACACUGGAGCUUUGCUGCCUGGUUUAUUAAUUAUUAAGCAGUUUCUGACACCCCAAGAGCAGCAGGAAUUGGUUGAUGACUCAAGGUGCAUGGGACUGGGCGAGGGAGGAUUCUACAAGCCUACGUAUGCUAGUGGAGCCAAGUGUCGUCUGCACCAGAUGUGCCUCGGACGCCACUGGAACGUCAAGACGGAGAAGUACGAAGAUCAACGUAGUAACUAUGACUAUGCGCCGAUUCGCACACUACCAGAUAGCUGGAAGACGUAUGCGCAACGCAGCCUGGAUGCAGCCAAGAAGAUCGAUCCGCUAGUGAUGGGGUCUUGCAAGAAGAUGACGCCGGACAUCUGUGUAGUUAAUUUCUAUAAGAAAGCUGGAAGGAAUGGCAUGCACAUUGACAAGGACGAAAGUGACGAAGCCAUGAGCAUGGGAUCGCCUGUAAUUUCCUUCUCCGUCGGCUGCGCCGCUGAGUUCGCGUACAUUGACCACUACCCGGAUCCGCACGAGGCAGUACCGAUCGUCCGUCUUGAAUCGGGUGACGCGUUGGUUUUCGGAGGCCCGGCAAGGACUGUGGUGCAUGCACUAACAAGGGUGUAUAACAACACACAGCCAUCCUGGCUGCGUAUGCGCUCGGGAAGACUAAACCUGACAUUCCGAGAGUACAAGCCGAGCGAGCUGGAGAGCUAG